AGAUGUCAGCUGCUGCUUCUUUCAAGGCAGUCACGGUUGCUACGGUAACAGAGUCGGUAAACAAAUAUAGUACGCAGACGCAACUUGUUAAUUUACGUUUGUGCGUAUGGCAUUGUUCAGUGUGUAUAGGACGAACGACAGACGCUGCGGUGACGGUAUGGAGAAAACGAUGUGGGAAGAUAAAGAAGUUAAAUUUGAUCUGCCUUUAAACAAGUUGAAGAUGCGACCAGGAGAGAAAGUGUUAGACAAGCUAGAUUCUAUUGAGGACACAAAAGGAAAUGAUGGUGAUAUUGGUCGUUUAAUAGUGACAAACUUAAGGAUAAUAUGGCACUCACUUUCAACACCACAUUUUAACCUAUCGAUAGGUUACAACUGUGUAGUCACAGUCACAACAAGGAUGGUGAAUUCAAAACUUCGAGGUACAACAGAGGCACUUCAUAUCCUCACAAAGUCAAACAAUGUCCGAUUCGAAUUUAUAUUUACAAACCUCAUUUUAGGGAAUGCUCGACACAUUACAUCAAUUAUGGGUGUAUUUAAAGCUUAUACAUCAUCAAGAAUGUACCGUGAACUCAAGUUGAGGGGUGCCAUCAUUUAUAAUAAACAACUCAAGCUUCUUCCCCUAGAGCAAGUUGUUACAACUGUUAAUGGAGUAUGGAAUCUGUCAAGUGAUCAGGGAAACCUUGGCACAUUUGUUAUAACAAAUGUUCGUCUUGUGUGGUUUGCUGAUAUGAAUGAAAAUUUCAAUAUUUCCCUGCCAUACCUUCAGAUAGCAAAAAUAAAUAUCAGACAGUCAAAAUUUGGAACAGCUUUGGUUGUAGAAAGUGCAGAAUCUAGUGGAGGAUAUGUGCUCGGUUUCCGAAUAGAUCCUGCAGAGAAACGGCAGACUGUGUACAAGGAACUGUGUUCGCUGCACAAGGUUUACAGUCAGAAUCCAGUAUUCGGCGUUCAGUAUACAGUUGGUCAACAGGCCCAGUACCAAGAAGAGAGCUCCAUGUUUGCUGAUGAUACACAGGAAAUUGUUGAGUCAAGUGAUGAAAUGUCCAAUGUUUUCCUUACUUACUUUGCUGAUGAAAACCAUGAAGACAGGGAACCAGUUUAUAAUCAAGAACUUGGACUGGCUAUUGAAGCUCUGAAACCUGGAACGACAUUGCAGAAUCUGUGGGAAGUUAUACCUUCUUCAUAGUGCUGUACCCUAUCAGCUUACAAUGUAACAUAGAACAUGAGUCAUGUUUACUGAAUGACAUUCAUUUAACUGUUUCAAAAGAGAUGUCAAAUUGUACCUGUUGAAAUUUUUUAUCCCAAGUGGCUGUAAUUUUGUACUUAAUAAAAAUUUUCUGAAAGCAG